AUGUACCCAAAAGUGCAGGAAGUGGGCAAGGAUGAGAAAAGUCAGGUGAUAAAAUAAGUGAUGCAGUUAGAUUUUAGGCUGCCCUUGGCCCAUAUAGUUUACCGCCGUCACACAUACUUAGCCUUUUACAUAUAUAGACACAAACACAUAGAAUUCCCAAGAAAGAGCUGUGGCUGCAGCAUUUUAGGCCAGUAUAGAAAUUGUGGUGAGUGUUUGAUUAAUUCCCUGGAACUAGAAAAUAAUAUGUAACAGAACGUUCAGUUCCAAUGGCUAAAGGCACUAUAUAAAUUUAGAUCUCUUCCUCCAGCUUUAAUGGAGAGCAUGUGGAGUGUGAAGCCCCAAUAUUUAACUCUAAUAUAUAAAAUAAGUCAACUGGACAGUUCAUCUUACUGCCACCAGGACAUUUUACCUUACUGUCUCUGGAACAUCUCACCUUACUGUCUCUGGAACAUCUUACCUUACUGUCUCUGGAACAUCUCACCUUACUGUCACCAGGACAUUUUACCUUACGGUCUCUGGAACAUCUCACCUUACUGUCUCUGGAACAUCUCACCUUACUGUCUCUGGGACAUCUCACCUUACUGUCUCUGGGACAACUCACCUUACUGUCUCUGGAACAUCUUACCUUACUGUCUCUGGAACAUCUCACCUUACUGUCACCAGGACAUUUUACCUUACUGUCUCUGGAACAUCUCACCUUACUGUCUGUGGGACAUCUCACCUUACUGUCUAUGGAACAUCUUACCUUACUGUCUCUGGAACAUCUCACCUUACUGUCUCUGGGACAACUCACCUUACUGUCUCUGGAACAUCUCACCUUACUGUCUCUAGGACAACUCACCUUACUGUCUCUAGAACAUCUCACCUUACUGUCUCUGGGACAACUCACCUUACUGUCUCUGGAACAUCUCACCUUACUGUCUCUGGGACAACUCACCUUGCUGUCUCUAGAACAUCUCACCUUACUGUCUCUGGAACAUCUAACCUUACUGUCUCUGGGACAACUCACCUUGCUGUCUCUAGAACAACUCACCUUACUGUCUCUGGGGGCAAAAUACUAA